GCCUUACACAACCUAAAUUAAUUAACGCAUCUCUCUUUUCUUUAAUUUCUUUCUCUUGUCAUCUAAGUUAUCAAUUUAACCUAUUUUUGCAGCAGUUUGUGACGCCGCCGUCUGUUGUGGCGGUGAUACAGUAUAAUUAUUAAGAGACAGGGUGAGAACAACGAUGGAUAUGUGUAACGUAGUGCAUGCGUUAAAGCCCAUUCUGCUAAUGGUGCUGGUGCAGGUUGCAAAUGCUUGGGUCAAUGUUCUCUACAAGCUCGCGCUUAACGAUGGCAUGAACUUGAGUAUCAUUGUUGCUUACCGUUAUGUUUUUGCAACUGCUUUCAUUGCUCCACUUGCUUUCAUUGUUGAAAGGAAAACGAGGACAAAGAUGACUUGGACGAUACUGUUUCAGGCAUUUCUGUGCGGCUUAAUUGGUGGAGCAUUGCCUCAAAACUUAAACAUGGAAGCGAUUGCUUUAACUUCAGUAACGUUUACAACAGCCAUAUCCAACCUCAUUCCAGCCAUCACUUUUAUCAUAUCCCUCUCCUUCGGAUUGGAGAGAUUAAAUUUAAGAAGAGCAGGAGGGAAGGCGAAGAUAAUUGGAACAAUAACUGGAAUUAGUGGGGCAAUGCUACUGACAUUCAUUAAAGGCCCAGAAGUUAAGAUGCUGUCUUUCCAUGUAAACCUUUUCAACCACCGAAACGGCCAUGUCGUACAUCCACACGCUACUUCUGGCCUUAUGACCAUAUUUGGUGCUCUCGCUUCUGUCGCAAGCAACGUCUCUUAUGCCAUGUGGCUUAUCAUUCAGGCAAAGAUGAGUGAAAGAUACCCGUGUCCUUAUUCGAGCACAGCGUUGAUGUCCCUAAUGGGGGCAGUGUUAUCCAUUUCGUUUGCUUUUUGUGUUGAAAGGGAUUUGAGUCAGUGGAGGUUGGGUUGGAAUAUCAGACUAUUGACUGUGGCUUAUGCGGGUAUAGUGGUUUCUGGAGUGAUGGUAGCCGUGAUUUCGUGGUGUGUACGCACGAGAGGUCCACUGUUUGUCUCCAUUUUUAGCCCUCUAAUGCUUGUGGUUGUGGCCUUUGCUGGAUCCACUAUUUUGGACGAGAAACUAUACCUUGGAAGCAUCAUUGGAUCAAUGUUGAUUAUUUGCGGAUUAUACGUGGUUCUUUGGGGUAAGAGCAAAGAGAUGAAGAAGAAUCAAUCUGGUCAGUCAGAAAGCACCCAUAAAUCUGACACAAUUGAAAUAAUGGUCAAACCUCGUGUAGAAGAUAAAAGCAACAAUAAGAGCAAUACCCUCAUUAACUCUGUAAAUGUGACGGGGGAUAAUAAAGAUUCAUGGAAAAAUGGACGUGAAAGCAAUGUAUCACAUAUACACUGCUGCAAGGUGCAAGAAGAAGUAACAUCUCAGAAUGUCUCACGUACCUAAACACUUCAUACAUGAAAAGUGCGCUACUAAAGAAAUUUGAAUUUAAGGGACCAAGUCAGUUUUGGAGUUUUACGUGGGAGUUUAAGGGUUUCGACGCUGCGAAGUUAGGAAUACAAGGCUUGUUAGUGGAUCUCAAAAUGCCGACGACCAGAUAAAAUAUGUAACACAUAAAAGUCAUGAUGGCCCAAAAACUACAGUACCAUGAUGGUGGACCUAACCUUGGUGAUGGGCCCAUGAAAGGGAACACGAGAACGGUGUUAUUGUGUUGUUGUUGGGAGCCUAAGUCUGAGGUGGGUAUAGGAAAUUUGGAGCUACGAUGAUAAAAUUUCGAGGGACGUUGGACAACGAAAUAAGGUGAGGUUGUUGGCUACCAAUUUUGAUGAUGUUACACGGGAAGCUUUGGUGCUUUACCUUAAUAAAAAUCAAUUCAAUUUUUUUA